AUGAGAGGGAUCGGAGGGAGUGGAACAGGUAAAGAAGGUGGUGAUGGCAUAGGUAGUGAAGGCGGAGUUACGCCUGGGACUGGUGGAAGAGUCGGAAGAGGUGGAAGAGUCGGAAUUGUUGGUAUCGGUGGCAGAGUUGGAGCUGCUGGAGGAGAAGGAAGUAGCGGAAUUGGAGGGAGAGUUGGAGGAGAAGGGAUUAACGGGUUUGGAGGUAGAGUUGGGGUUGGGAUAGAAGGUAUCAGAGGGUUUGGAGGGAUGACGGAUGGAGGGUUUAGCGGGUUCGGAGGAAGAAAUUGGAAAUUGGGUUUUAGCACUUCUUCGAUCCGGUAG